AUGAGUUUAAAGUAUCUCUCACACCGCAGCCUUGCACGAGUGCGUCGCCGUCUUUACAACUCCCAAUAUGUAUUUAACCUGCGACUCGCUGCUGUGUUGAUAAUCCUCACACUUAUCAACAUCUCAGUCCUUUACAGUAGAACCCAUCACACCUCACCAGAGGCGCUGCCUGUACAGAAAGCCGACCAUAAUAAUAAUAAUAAUAAUAAUAAUAAUAAUGAGCCUGAGGGUGAUGACCGUAUUAUAUCUCCCGCUGUACAGAAAGAAGAAAGAAAAAGAGAAGAGGAAAAAGAAGAAGAAGAAAUACAUACAAAUAUGGAGUUGAGAACACCACACGAACAGCAGAAAGAAGUAGAUAUGCAUGAACCCCAACGGGGAACAAUAUUAUUAUCUUCAUCGUUAUCAUCAUCAUCAUCAUCACUACCACUAUUGUUAAGACGUCGCUUUGACACCUUUUCCCACACAACACCCACACUUAGUUUAUUUCCUGGUGGAUUCUCCAACAGCACAUGGAAAGAGGCAUGUGAACAAUAUACGGAACUACUGCAGUACUCUGUGGGAGAUGUCCUGCAGGGAUCCAAAUCUUUUAAAGAUAUUCACACUUAUAAACAUCAUGGAGUCCUUUUACCUAAUCUUACUAGUAAUAACGAUAGAAGAGAUCAUGCAUGGAUCCCAGGAGCUUUACCACAACCCACAGAAGAAUUAAUGGAGUUUUAUAAACAAGAAAUGCAACUGGCGGAGUAUGAUGUGAUGGUGUUAAAUACACUACGGCAUAAUAUGGGAAGUGUAGAGUUCUGCGAUCCCACAGAUGCGGAUUACACACCUAGUAAAGAUACCGCGUGUUUGGCAUAUCUUAACAAUCCAGCUAAUUGGAUGGCUUUAAAGCCCAUGUCUAGUAUACUCUCAACAGGACGAACUAUUAAGUUUUUACUCUCACUUCGUCAUAAUAAUAUAACGGCUGUGGUGAAAUUAUCUCAAACACGAUUUCUGUUGGAGCCCGUAAGUGAAGUGGUGGCAUUUCAUAUGGAUCGUGUUCUUGGAUUUCGCCGUGUACCGCCCACAGCGUGGGUACAGAUUCCUGUAGAUUACAUUAAAGCCGCUGCAGCCACACUUGGUCCUUUUUAUGUACAUUGGGUAGAAGAAGCCGUACUUUCAACACGGUAUGGUAAAGCUAUUACAUCUCAUUGUAAAGAUAAUCGAUUAGCGGCAGUAAUGAAUAUUGAAAACCCCAAGUGUAUAUUAGCAUCUGUACAGUUAUGGAUGUGGGAUGUGGAUAAUAUAGAGAGUUCAGCUUUUGUAGACUUUGUAGAACAUUUACCCGCUCUCCGUAGACUUGAAGAGGUGGAUCCCAACAACAACAACAACAACAACAAGAAGAAGAAAAACAGCAAUCAUGAUGAUAAUACGAAUAAUAAUAAUAAUAAUAAUAAUAAUAAUAAUAAUAAUAAUCAGGAUGAGGUUAAGGAUGCUGAAGAGAUAUUUGAAAAGAAGGAUCACACGGGUGAAGAAGACGGAGAAGAAGAAGAAAAAAUAAUGAUAAAUCAUCCUUCCACAGAAGAAACACACAUGUCAGCAGCGGCUAUGCGAGAUUUGACUGCACGUGAACAAUGGGAUCAAUUAGCAUUUGAUACAAUCAUUGGAAAUGCAGACCGGUGGGUGGGGCACAAUACAUUUGUACUCGCCGCAUGUGAACCCAGAUUUUCUUGUCAAACCGCCCGUUUAACUUCACGGAAGUACGAACCACGAUCAAAAAGUAAAAGACGAUUUAUUUACAUUGAUCAAGGAAGUGCCUUUUAUAGACACGGUUUACAUAGUGGUAGUGUAUUUGCAGAGAACCGGAAAACACCAUAUUGUCGUUUCCAUCGACGGACUAUGGAACGUUUAGAGCGGAUUACACUCUUUGCCUUUGGAUCCAGAGAUUUAAAUAAUAAUAAUAAUAAUAAUAAUAAUAAUAAUAAUAAUAAUAAUAAUAUUUCUGCAGAGAUGCCUAUGAUUGCCCGUGAGAUAUUAGGAGAAACAGCAGCGGUAGAGGCCAAACGUGUGGAAACCGCUAUUUAUAAACAUCUUCUUCAACCACGAUUACCGGCGAAGUUGGGGAUUAUUAUGCCGCAUACCUUAAUUAAAAGAGCGUGUAGACGUGUGUGGUAUAUUCUCGCACAUCGUACACGGUGUCUUGAAAGUAGCGAAACGGAUAUAUUUUUCUGA